GAGGCGUGGCCGACGGUGUGCGCCGAACAUGGCGGAGCGCGCGAGAAAACGGCCUUGCGGCCCGGGUGAACAUGGCCAAAGAGUCGAGUGGCGAAAAUGGAAGCAACAGAAAAAAGAGGAGAAAAAGAAGUGGAAGGAUCUCAAGAUGAUGAAAAAACUGGAGCGGCAGAGAGCCCAGGAGGAACAGGCAAAGCGCCAGCAGGAGGAGGAGGAGGCAGCUGCCCAGAGGGAGGAUCGGGGGCGGCACUACACCCUGAGCGUGGCCCUGCCGGGCUCCAUCCUGGACAACGCCCAGUCGCCCGAGCUUCGCACCUACCUGGCUGGCCAGAUUGCCAGAGCCUGUGCCAUCUUCUGUGUGGAUGAGAUCGUGGUGUUCGAUGAAGAGGGCCAAGAUGCCAAGACUGUGGAGGGGGAGUUCAGGGGAGUUGGCAAGAAGGGGCAGGCAUGCGUGCAGCUGGCCCGGAUCCUGCAGUACCUGGAGUGUCCACAGUACCUAAGAAAGGCAUUCUUCCCCAAGCAUCAGGAUCUACAGUUUGCAGGGCUCCUGAACCCCUUGGACAGCCCUCACCACAUGCGUCAGGACGAGGACUCCGAGUUCCGAGAGGGUGUCGUGGUGGACCGGCCCACGCGGCCGGGCCAGGGCUCCUUUGUCAACUGUGGCAUGAAGAAGGAAGUGAAAAUCGACAAGAACUUGGAGCCUGGACUUCGGGUGACAGUGUGGCUGAACCAGAAGCAGCUUCCAGAGAGCAAGACCUACCGUGGAAAAGUUGUGUCGUCGCAGGACCCCCGCACCAAAGCUGGUCUCUACUGGGGCUACACCGUCCGCCUGGCCUCCUGCCUCAGUGCUGUGUUUGCUGAGGCCCCCUUCCAGGACGGCUAUGACCUGACCAUUGGGACAUCAGAGCGAGGCUCGGAUGUGGCCUCCGCCCAGCUUCCCAACUUCAGGCACGCUCUCGUGGUGUUUGGGGGCCUCCAGGGGCUGGAAGCUGCAGUGGACGCUGACCCCAACCUGGAGGUGGCUGAACCCAGUGUCCUGUUCGACCUGUAUGUCAACACCUGCCCCAGCCAGGGCAGCCGCACCAUCCGCACAGAGAUCCCAGGAGGAAGGUAUUGUGAUGAUCAGCCCCAUUUUACAGAUGAGGAGACUGAGGAGCAGAGAGGUGAGGCCCUUUCCUGGCAGGGCCUGCAGUGGCCAGCAACAGAUCUGCCAGACAAAGCUGGGCCCCACUGAGGGCCCCACGCCCCAAGGGGCUGGGGCCUGGGAGCCGGGACACCCGGGGGCCUCCCAGGCGCCAGCCUGUUGCUGCACUUCUCUUCCAGGAAGCCAUCCUCAUCUCCCUGGCCGCCCUGCAGCCUGGCCUCACCCGGGCAGGUGCCCGGCCCAGCUGAAGGUUCUGUCGGGCCCAAGAUGGCCAGGGAGCAGCAGUGGAGCCAGAGGGUCCCACGGGUCACCCGGAACAGACACAGCUAAGACUUGUCUCCAAAAAUAAAUACCUUUCAUUCAACCUGGUCCCCAGGACCCCACAGUCUGGCUGGGGUGGCCCUUAUUUGCUGCCGGCAGUGAUGGCCUUAAGGCUGCUCGUCCGGGCCAGGAUAUUCGGCACAAAGAGCAGCCCCGAGGCCCGCUCAAUGCUCUCGAUGGGCACCAGGAAGCGCUCCAGCGGGAUGGCCUCAUCCACGGGCGCGUUGGGCAUCACAUAGGAGCGGAGUUCGAUCUGCCCGCCUGCUGCCUCCAGGAUCAGCACCUUGAAGAAGUGGGUGGGCACCGCCACGUGGUUCUUGCCAAUGACCUGGUACUUCACAUAGGACUUCCCGUCAGCCUCUGUCCUGUGGGCAGACCCAGACAUACACGGCCUUUCAGAGCUCCCAGGGAGCUUGGUCUGACCAAGGGCCACCACCUCCAGGAAGCCUUCCCUGACUGGACCUGCAGGACCGCCCCUACAGAGUGAGGCUUCUUGGCCCCGGGCUUGGCUCCCCCAGGAGGCUGGGCGCUUCCUGCUGGGUAGACGCGCUUCUUCUCCUGCUUCCCUCACACCCAGCACUGGGUCAGCCAGAGCGUGUGGUGACAAUAAACACUGCAGAAAGAAACAUCCACA